UACUAGUGAAAAGGUGUGUUUUUUUGUUUUGCCUUAAAAAUAAAAGUGUUACUUCAAUAAUUUAAAAAAGUGUGUUUAGGAACACAUUGCAAAAUAAUUUUAUUCUUCAGAUAUUAAAUAAUACAGUUUCACCAUUUCGAAAUCAAGAGAAACAACACAAAAAAUGCCACGCUAUCGUGAAUGGGAUUUGGCAUGCAAAGUAUAUGUGGGUAAUUUGGGAUCAUCAGCCUCAAAAUAUGAAAUUGAAAAUGCCUUUAGUAAAUAUGGUCCCCUACGUAAUGUGUGGGUGGCACGUAAUCCCCCAGGAUUUGCUUUCGUUGAGUUCGAAGAUAGACGUGAUGCCGAAGAUGCAACCAGAGGUUUAGAUGGAACACGCUGUUGUGGUACACGCAUACGCGUUGAAAUGUCAUCUGGCCGUUCCCGUCGUGAAAAUAGACGCCGUGGUGGCACCAGCAGUGGUGGACGCGGCGGUGGUGGCGAAAGCAGCAGUGGUGGUCGUGGCGGUGGUAGCCGUUACAGGAUAAAGACAACUUCUGCUUCUACUACUACCUCUACUCGUACUACAAGUACUUCUACUACUACCAACUCCUCUUCCUACUACUACUUCUACAACAAACCAAUCAACAACUUCAACAACAACGACUACAACUUCUACUACUACUACUGCUACAACAAUAGAAACAAUUUCACCAAAACAAUUAUUCCCUUCAUCAAAACUACUACUAAUACCACCAACAGCAAAAACAACACUAAACAACCUACACAUCACAGCAACAACUACAAUCACAUGACAUUAGAAAAUCUCAAAUUCAACAACUAUAUUGCAUUCAUUUCACUUGUAGUUCAGUCAAUUCAACAAAUUUCAAUCAUUAAUAAUGUGUUAGUUAUUUCAAUUAUCAUCAUAAACUACUGCAUUACAAAAUUAUACAAUUUGUAUCAUCAUGAUCAACAGCAACAGUGCACUAAACAGACAUUUUUAGGAGAAUUGUUAGAAAUUGACGUAAAUGUAGUUGUUGUUGUCGUCGUUUGUAAACAAUAUCAUCAAAAUCUCAACAAUCACCAAAACCACUACCACCACAACCAACACCACCAAAAAAAACAUCUCUACAAUUGUAGUAGAUUCCUUCAAGGUUACUGUUGUAAUAGUACUUCCUCCAAAUCUUCAACUUCAACGUUGACAAUUUUGUAUGCUCCUUCAUCAGCAACUUCAACUUCAAAUGCUUCUUCUACUUCAAUCGCCAUUAUAAGCACCAACAAAAUUACUAUUACUAAAAACAUCACCACAACAAUCACCAAUACAACUACCUCUGUAACUACUACCACCACCAACACCAAUAUCAAUAUUAACUCGUCCCCCUCUAACAGUAGUAAAGAAAUUAUUAACAACACCACCACCACAAGUACCACAUCCACCACCACCACUUCUACAGUCAAAACCUUUUUAAAUCAACUUGCUCUUCUACUUGUACUUCAAAUGCUGCUAUUCAACGCAGUUUGUUAUUAUUGGUCGUCUACAGCUGCCUCAGUUGGGUUUUUGGCUUGUUUAUCAUUAUUAUUGAACAACAUCUCAACAACUCAAUUUGCAGCAGUCUUCUUCCAACAACUACUACUACCACCACCACUUCUACUACUACUACUACAACAACCAACCACCACCACAAUCACCAUUAUUAGCCUUAAAAAAAAUCAUAAUUUUCACCAAUAUUUUAGAGACAAAAAAAAAAAACUACAAGAACACUUCUUCAACAAGUCUUCUUUCAAAAAAAAAAAACAAUCAACUUCAGCAAUGGAUUAUCAUCAUCAUUUGACUGUUAAUAGACCGAUACAACAAGGACUACUGAGUACUUGAGUGGUUUGUGCCAAUAAUUCUGUAUAAUUUCAAUUCAAUCUGAACAAUUGAAUAUGUGCGUAUACUUAAUUCCCAAUGCCGUUAAACUGGCCAUAAAUAAGUACCAUCGUACUGUAAUAAUCGUUUAAAUAUAUACAUUAUGGUGGUCCUUACUUAGCGAUUUAAAUAUAAAAUAUAAACAUUUUCUAGCAUC